AUGUUUUAUGACCAGUCCUUUCCACCUGCGCCGAAAUUCACUGAGGCAGACGUUCCAAAUCUCAGUGGGAAAGUCAUCAUUGUGACUGGUGGAAAUACUGGCAUUGGAAAGGAGACAGUACGAGUAGUAUUGGAACAUGGCGCAAAGGUCUACAUGGCCUGUCGCUCUGCAGAAAAAGCGGAGGCUACUAUCAGUGAACUGAAAAAGCAAACUGGGAAGACAGAGUUGUACUUCGUGCCGCUGGAUCUGUCAAGUUUCGCAUCAAUAAAGAAGGCGGCAGAAGAGCUAAAGAGCAAAGAGACAAAAUUAGACGUUCUUUUCAAUAAUGCGGGAGUCAUGGCUCCGCCGCUGGGCCAACUCACUGAGGAAGGCUACGACAUGACCUUCGGAACCAAUGUAGUUGGUCCUCAUCUAUUCACGAAGCUACUGUUCCCACUGCUUCAAGUAGCGGGAUCUGAACAUGGCGACGCACGUGUGAUAUUCACAAGCUCUCUUGGACAUGCUGCAGCCCCCAAGGAAUUCAUUGCCUGGGAAACUCUUAAGCCCGGCAAGAAGGGCGCUCCCGGAGAUAAGAAACGUCGCUCACUCGGCACUGGUGGUCUGUAUUACCAAAGCAAAUGCGGUGUCAUCAUGGAUGCAAAUGAAUGGGCAAGGCGAUAUGGUAGCCAAGGUAUAAUUUCGUGCUCCCUUCACCCUGGAGCAAUACAAAGUGAACUCGGACGGCAUUGGCCACGGUGGCAAAACGCAGGAUUCUUUAUGAAUUUGAAGCCCGCGGCUUUGGGUGCGAUUACGCAGAUUUACGCUGGUACGACACCAGACGGUAAGGAACUCAAUGGGAAAUACUUAAUUCCUUGGGCUCGGGUUGGCAAACCCCGUGAAGAUGUGCUUGACGAGAAGCAAAGUGCCAAGUUAUGGGAUUGGCUGGAAGAACAGACUGCGCACAUUGAAAACUCGUAG